AUGGAUACCGCUAUUCCUGAUGAUUCUUCUCUUGUCUCUGAUGGUGCUAUCCCUUUUCUCCGCAAUCUGCAACAAGCCUGCAUUAAUGCUGAUGCUCGAGUAGCCACCAAUAGCCAACAAGACAAGGAACGAUGGGAUUUUAUUAUGAAAUCGCACCAAUUUGUAAUCGGUGAACAUUUAUUGCUCCGACAUGAAAACAAAUUUGGCUUAGAAUAUAACUGGAUGGGACCAUACAUAGUUAUAGACAAGAAUGCAGAUAAAAAUAUAUACAAGCUCACAACUAUGGAAGGUGUCCCUUAUACUUCCUGGGUUCACGCUGAUCGUUUAAAAAUUGCAAAAUCCGAUGAUUUUGACUGUACCUGGUAUCACCCAACCCCUGCCCGUGCCCAAAUGCACUGCGAUUUAGCCUUGGACUCUUCUUCUGCCCUACCGUUUUCCCUUGUGGAUUCUUCUGGGGUUGAUCGAGGACUAUCAACAGUUUCGGGAGGGGGUGAUGUCAGACAUUAUUUUGAUGAAUCCGUAAAAUCUGAAGAUAGUUAA